AUGGUCUCUGAGGCCUCUACUGGAUGGACGCAAAACCUUGAGGUAGAAUCAGACGAUACUGUCAGUAUUCUCAAGACGAAGAUUCAGCGCAAAGCUGGCAUCCCAUCCGAGCAGCAGCGUUUUAUUUUUAAUGGCAGGCAGCUCGAAGAUCGAUCCACUCUAUCCGACAGUGGCAUCAAGAAUGAGGACGUCAUCCAUCUGGCGCAGUGUCGUCGCGUGACAAAAGAUCAACUGCAAUGUUAGGCGUUAUCCGCGAUGGUGACAGUGAACGCACUUCGUUGGAAAGGCGGAGGUCCCAAGUUGUACAUGGAUGAUGAGAAAGUCAGCAAGUAGUCUAAUAUUGAGAUAUAAUCACUAGGAGAGUUCACGAGUAGGAUUUUUAUAUGUUGAUGUGGUCGACCGUAGAAACUUUGUAAUCGAGCGCAAACUGAUUGUUAGGUCCCUAUCAGGGUUCCACCAUUUCCCCACCUUCGACCGCCGAUCUUGUCCAACGAUGCCGCCCCAACCUCACCAUCAUUCACAUGUCCUUGCCCGUUUCAUUCUUACCCCCUGAUACCUGAAUAAGU